UCAUAUAAACCCCCACUGCAGAUACGAACAGACACACACCACCGCAAGUCCAAGGCGGAGCGGCAAGCAAAGCCAAUACUCCUUCCCUCGUCGUGCACCCACUGCACGCGACCAUGGCGCCUGCUCGGGAGCUCCAAGAAACCUCGUCGUCCUCGUCGUCAUCGACGUCGUCGUAUACGACCAGCUCCACGUCCAUGUCGUGCUCGUCCACCGUCACGGACUCCUCGUCGUGUCCCUCCUCGCCGGCGAGCGCCGCCAAUGCCGUGAAGGCGGCGCCGCGCAAGCGGCAGCUGGACGAGGGAGAGGGAGGGCAGGAGGAGACGGAGGAGGGGAAGACGACGACGACGGCGACGACGACGAAGAAGAGCAAGCGUAGCAGCGACGGGAAGCACCCGGUGUACCGCGGCGUGCGGAUGCGGGCGUGGGGCAAGUGGGUGUCGGAGAUCCGCGAGCCACGCAAGAAGUCGCGCAUCUGGCUCGGCACCUUCCCCACCGCCGAGAUGGCCGCGCGCGCGCACGACGUCGCCGCGCUCGCCAUCAAGGGCGCCCGGUCCGCGCACCUCAACUUCCCGGAGCUCGCCGACGUCCUCCCGCGCGCCGCCUCGCCGGCGCCCAAGGACGUGCAGGCCGCCGCCGCAUUGGCCGCCGCGUUCACGUCUUCGCCGCCGCCCUUGUCCACGGAUCAGUCGGAGUCGGAGGAGGGCCUCAUCCAAGAGGAGACCGUCAAGAACGACGCCGGCGCGGGCGCCACCGCGCCGCCGGAGUCUGCCGCCACGGCUACGAGCUGCGGCGGCGCCGCUGAGCAGGCGGAGGAGGAGGAGCUGCGGCAGCUGUUCGACCUGCCGGACCUGCUCAUCGACAUCGAGGACGGAUUCGGAUUCUCCACCAUGUGGGCUCCGCUCCCCGACGUCGAGGAGGUCAAUGCAGACCUCCGGCUCGAGGAGCCGCUCCUUUGGGAGUAGCAGAUGCUUGCGAAGACUAGAUGAUCAAAUAUACUAGGAGUACUUAAUCGCUAGUGUAAUCUCUUCUUUGCCUUUCUUUUUUUUACUACUAGCGUUUUUUUUUUAGUUUGCCUUUUUUCUUUUACUUUGCUGGUUUAAUAAGCACAAGGGAGUACGUAGUGAUAUACAUAUGCAAAAAAAGUUUGCUACUACCACUACUACAUGUUACCUGAGAGAGUUAAUUAUCAGUACUAUUACCACAUAGUAAUGUGUGAAUCCUAGUGGUUUGACCUUGCCAUAA